AUGGCGAGCCCAGCUAACCUUCCCCCUAUUUUCAACCCUACAUCCAACGACAUUGAGAUGCUUCUUGCGGCGCAAUGUCACCUGGGAUCAAAGAAUUUGCAAGUCCAUAUGGAUCCAUAUCUGUGGAAGACUCGUCCUGACGGCAUCAAUGUUAUCAACCUGUCCAAGACCUGGUAUAAGAUCGUUCUUGCUGCCCGCAUUAUUGCAGCAAUCGACAACCCAGCUGAUAUCGUCGUCAUCUCCGCUCGUCCCUACGGCCAACGUGCUGUUCUCAAGUUUGCCGCACACACAGGUGCUGUUGCCAUUGCUGGCCGCUUCACCCCCGGUAACUUUACCAAUUACAUCACCCGCUCAUUCAAGGAGCCUCGCUUGAUCAUUGUCACCGAUCCUCGCACCGAUGCCCAAGCUAUCAAGGAAGCCUCCUAUGUCAACAUCCCCGUCAUCGCCCUCUGCGAUACCGAUUCCCCAACCGAGUUCGUUGACGUUGCCAUUCCCACUAACAACAAGGGUCGCCACGCUAUUGGUCUAAUUUGGUGGUUGUUGGCACGAGAGGUCCUCCGUCUCCGAGGUACUCUUGCUAACCGUGAGGUCGAGUGGGAUGUGGUUGUCGAUCUGUACUUCUACCGCGAUCCCGAGGCUGAGGAGCAAAAGGAGGAGGAGAAGGUCCCAGGAGCUGAUGAGGUAGGCACAGCUGUAGUGGGCGCUGGAUUCGCAGACAAUGCAGACUGGACUGGAGAGCCUGGUGUCGCCGCUCCUGGAAUUGAGGGAGCUGCCCAGGCAGAUGCCAACUGGACCGAAACUGCUGGUGAAGGAGACUGGGCACAAGAAGCUGCUGCUCCCACUGCUGCUGCUGCUACUGCUGGCGCAAGCGGCUGGUAG